AUGCUUCCACUGCACUUCAGUUUCGUCUUUUCUGUCGUUUCGGCAGCUUGGGGCACGGAGCACUUACAAACCCCAAAGUGCUCAGUCCUCGAUUGUGAUGAUCAAGGUGGUGUAGGACUGCUCCAAUCAACUGCUGUCCACGUGAAGCCGCCUAGGCCAGGUUGGGAUGACUUGAGGGAAGUGCCCGAAGUCGAGGACAGUGGUGUGUGGCGUAUCCCUCCUUUCGGCAACCAUGCUAUGAUCAUGUUCAAGCACAGGCCCAGAUGGCACCGCCCUACCGUUGUCGAGGCCAAAUAUAAAUCACAUGGCCCUGCGCUCGCUGUUCUGCGUUCAGCAGCAAGCCUGGGCGUCAUCUUGUCCUCCACAGCCUUUCUUAUCCCAGGUUGCGGGCUCGUGCUCUGUGCAUGCGCCUGCUGCUUUGCUAGACGCCGAUCCCCGGCAAGUCCAUCCCCGAAUGCUUCGGAUGGAGGAACGGCGCGUGAGUCCGCAUCACGCGAUGCUGAAGCCGUACAAGCUGGCCUGUGGCCUGCUCGAUCGGCGGUGGCCAGGUCAGAUUUGGUCACUCUGGUCUGCCUAGUGGACAUCCUGGGCAACAUCCCUUUGCUCUUCUUGCUCUCCGGCCCGAAGGAUUCGGGAACAUUUGCGCUGCCCGGCAACCUGGAGAGAGACAAACUCUUAAGCAUGAUGUUGGAGACCCUUAGCUUUGCGAUCUUCCUGCUUGUUUUUGGCCGUUGGGAGCAGCAGCGACAUCUGGUCACAUUGUGGCAGACCUUGCAAUCCUUACGCUACUUCUUGAUUCGUCGAUCCCUUUUUGCAAGCCCAUGGAUGUUCUUGGGCGUAGCUUUUUUGCUACCGCUAGUCUCGGUGGUUGGCAUGGUCUGUGAAAUUUCCGUCGACCACCCGUUGCGCUUGCCGCCGUUUCUCCCCAAGAAGAUGGAUCCUUAUGCUGCAGAUGGAUGGCUCGGGCCUCGCAUAAGCUACCAAAUCCAGAGCAAGUACAUGCGAGGCUUUGUCACGGCAGUGUGCAUGGCUGCUUACAGCACCAGGGUGUUUCUGGUCCUGUACGUUUUCUCCGCAGGACCACAACGAGAUCUGGAGUAUGUUAGCGAUCAGGAUUUUUCACAUCUCGUUUGCAUUGCCAUCGUGGUGCAGAUUGCCUCGUUCCUGCCGACUAGCAUUGCGCAGACGCAGGCGGUGCCCUUGAACAUGGCACAAUGGUGGUCCCAAGUGCAGUUUCCUCAAGCCUACAGGACUGGGCCCUUCGAAGCUCCGUGCCUCGCUGGUGAGAUGGACGAAGCUUCAGAGCUCCAGGCCCGCCUGGCCAGCCACCAAUGCCGUUCCAUCACCGUGGUGAUUCCGGCUUACAUGCCCAACGAGGAGGAUAUUCUCAUGGACUCUUUGGCUGCCUACCGCACAGAGCAGUCAAAAUACCCCGGAGAAUUCCGCUUGAUUCUGGUAUGGAAUUCACCAGAUGAGCAUCCGGAGAUGGAAGAGAUGCUGGAACAGCUUCAGAAAGAGUGGCCUGAGCUGUCUGUGCACCGGAACAGGCUCUCGACCACUAAAUGCGACAACCUGAACAUGGCCAUAGAGAUGCUUGAGACUGACUUUGCUCUGUUCAAUGACAUGGACACAAUGGUUUCAGCUGCGACUAUGUGCCGCGCGUCCCUGCACCUCUUCGAAGAGAACUUUGAUACUGCGCAGUGCUAUCUCGUGCACUGCUGGGAGGACUUCGCUGGGCUCCAAGAUGCGGGCUACUUUGUGUGCGGCCCCCUCAUCACGGCUUAUGACUCGGUCUUGGGUGGGUUUCAAGAGGUCUAUGGCAGUUUGAGCCUUCCCUUCUGUAAUGGUCGUGGAUCGUUCUGGCGAACGAAUGCCAUCAAGGAAACAGGCUUCGACCAUCGGACUCUUUCAGAGGAUCAUGAUGCGAUGUACCGGGCCGCAGCUUUCCAUGGCUUCAAAGGCGUUCUGGAUACCAAUAUGCUGGCCCAGGAGCGCGUGCCUCCGAGCCUGAGCAGUUUAGUGUCGCAGCGGGUCCGCUGGGAGAGUGGGCAGAUGCAGAAGACGCAGGCACUGAGCUGGGUAGCACGCUCCAAACACAUCUCACUCUUAAAGAAGAUGAUGAUCCUUAACGCGGAUUGGUGUGAGAAGCCUUUUCAGGGGAGCCCCUUCAUAGUCUGGCAAGUUCUGGCUGCAAUCGUCAUGAUCGCUCGACCGAACAUGUUGAAUCCCAUGCUGCGGCUUGACAUCGCAGGGCUGACAGUGAACCUGCCAGUGAUUGUCCUCGGCUUGAUCGUGCUCCCCAUGUCCCUGAAGUGGGCAACAGCCUUGCUGACGUCACGUUAUCGCCCCCGGUGGCUAGCUUGGGUCCUGCAAUCCUUCGUGCUUCCCUUUACCUACCAUGUGAUGCGAGCGACAAUUGUGAAUUGCAAAACCCUGCACAACUCACUGUGGACGGGGCGGCUGGAUUUUGUUUGCACUGCCCGUGAUCGGACGCCCAGCAACUCGCCCACGAAGCUGCCCUUCCACACGUGA